AUGGCAUACGCAUACUACUAUGAUCUGCCACCACCCCUAGUGGACAACCUCCAUGAACGUCACCAUCAACAUCAGAGCCUGAUGCAAUAUCUGGCCCGCCGACAUCCCAGGCCAGAGGACCACCCCAACCAACCAGACGUGGAUUUCCGCGACGCUAUCAAGGAGUACUUGGUUGAUGUGGAAGUUCCGGGGAUCAAGAAACCAGAUGAAGUGACAGUCGCUUGGACUGGCUCGCGGUCACUGCUCUUGACGGGCGGUAUCUCGCGCCCUGAUUAUGGAUCGCCCGAAAACGCCGACGUGGAGGAAGAAAAGGACAAGCCGAACGUAGACGGAAUACACCUGCUGGUGGGAGAAAGAAGAAUCGGACCUUUCAGAAGAUAUAUCAACUUCCCAUCAGAUGUUGAGAAUGUCAGCGUGACGCUGGAGGCUGGCUUGUUGAAGAUCAGGGCUCCAAAGAAAGGCUUUUCGGAGAUUGCUGAACCCAAACUCGACGUCAAGCACGCGUGA